AUGGUCGAUAUCGCAAAAUACGAGAAAGCUCUUAAAUCCGUGGAUCAAUUCUUAGUGAAAGAUCUUAUUGCGACUAAUAGAGCGUUAAAUUCUUUUCAGUCAGCAAGUCUACGCACAUCAAUUGCAAAAAAAAUUGAACUUCGUAAUUUAUUAGUUAAAUAUAUGAAUAUAGUUAAACAAAGUAAUAAUUAUAGGAAAAUCAAUGAAAUGUCUGAUAUCGUAUUAAGCAAAGGUUCAGGUCUUGAACAACAAUCCAGUUCAAAUCGUAGGCAUCUUUUAUCAAAUUCUUCAUCAUCGACUAUGCGAAACGAUUUAAAUCGCGGUUCCGGAAUGACACAUGACGGAGCAAGAAAUAUUCAAUUCAAGAGUUCACCUUUUUAUAGCAUUACAGAAAAAAUUUCAGAAUCAAAAUUGUUAACAGCGGUAGCUGAAGGUACUAGAAAUACUGCAUAUAUUAACUUUCGUUUAACUGAAGAUCAAGUACAAAAAAUCUUACAAUCGAGGAAUGGUAAUAAUAAAACUCUUCAAAUCAGAUUAUUUAGUUGUGCCGAAACAAAUUCACAAAGUCCAUGUUUAAUCGAAUUUCCUCAAAUGUGUGAAAUUCAUGUCAAUGAUGAAACAUUGAUUGCAAACACUCGAGGAAUUAAAAAGAUGAUAGGAUCAGUACAUCCAAUUGAUGUAACAGUUCUCUGUAAAAUUAGUUCCAAUCAUGAAAAUAGGAUUAAAUUUAUAUAUGCGAAUACGGCAAAGCGAUAUCUUAUUUUACUUCAAUUAGUAGAGAAAGUGUCGGUUGAAAGUAUAGUGGAAAAAGUAAAAAAUGGGAGAUUUGUAUCUAAAGAGGAAGUUUUGCGAAAUUGGCGUCAUUCAGCAGAAGAUGAUAUAGUUCUCGGAUCAAGUACUAUCUCACUUAAAGAUCCUUUAGGAUAUACAAGGAUCAAGAUACCCUGUAAAUCUUCACGAUGUUCUCAUAUUCAAUGUUUUGAUGCGUAUCUCUUUUUCCAAAUGAAUGAACAAGUUCCUACAUGGACAUGUCCUGUAUGUAAUUCUAUAAUUGAUUCUUGGGAAGAUAUUGUAGUAGAUGGGUAUUUUACGGAUAUACUAAAAAAUACACCAGAAGAUCAAGAUAGCGUUUCUAUAGAUCCUAAUGGCAUAUGGCAUAUUCCGAUGAAACGAGUUACAGAAGAGAAAAAAUUUUAUCCAGUAGUUAAAAAAUCACGAAUAGAUUUUUCAAAACAUGAUGUAUUUAUUAUAGAUUCAUCCGAAGACGAAGAACCUGUUAAACAAAAAAAAUACAAAAAAAUUUAUGAAGAUAAUAAAGAAAUUAUCGAUCUCACAUGUAGCGAUGAAGAAGAACCUUCUCAUACCUUCAAGAACAACAACAACCACCAUAAUAAAGAUAAUAGUAGAAAUAAAGCUGUUGGUGUUUCCCCAUCAUUUUAUUAUGAUAAUCCUGAAACCUCUUAUUCCCAUGGUUCUUUAGGGGGAGAUUACGAAUAUUACAUGAAAGAUUUCGAAGGAUAUUCCUAA